UCCACCCGGUGCGCGUGCGCUCUGGCUCCCGGCUCGGAUGUUGAGGACAGAGAAAGUGCUGCUGCUGCGGGGCCUCCAAGGCCGCUCCGUGAGGGUCGUGCGCGAGCACUACUUGCGGCCCGACGUCCCUUGCGGCAGCGCCCUCUGCCGGGAGGGUUGUCCCCGAGAUGGGAAACUGCUAUCGGACGACGCAACUCAUUAUGUCGUCCCGGACUGGAAGGUGGUCCAGGAUUACCUGGAGAUCCUGGAGUUCCCCCAAUUGAAGGGCAUUGUGUUCAUGCAGACGGCAUGUCAGGCCACGCAGCACCAAAGAGGACGCAGACAAUACAAUAAACUGCGAAAUUUAGUGAGAGAUGCCCGCCACGACUGCAUUAUGUUUUUUAAUGAAUUCCAGCUGUUUUCGUAUUUGCCAAGAGAGAGAGGAGAACCUUUGGAGAAGUGGCAGACGCGGAGUAUUUACAAUGCCUCCGUGUGGUACUAUCAUCACUUCUUGGGUCAGAUGCCCAUUGUAAUGGUAACAGAUGAUGAAGACUCGAUCGAGCAGCUCGGAAGUGAGACGGAAGGUGUCUUUGUGAUUUCAUUCAAGGAUUAUUUGGACAACUUCUGGCCUGACUUAAAAGCCGCACAUGACCUUUUCGAUUCUAUCCUCCAGUCGCGUCGCGAACGGGAGAACGAAAGUCAAGAGAAUAAAGGGAAGGAGUAUGCUGAGCAUGUUCCUAUAGAAGCCCUGGAAGCUGGGAUCAAAUCAGGAAGAUACAUUCAGGGAGUCCUGAAUGUAAAUAAGCACAGAGCACAAGUAGAAGCAUUUGUCCGACUUCAAGGAGCCAGCAACAAAGAAAAAGAUCUCAAAACUGAUGUCCUCAUUUAUGGCACCAAAGCUCGGAACCGGGCAAUCCACGGUGAUGUUGUUGCUGUUGAAUUACUGCCACGGAGUGAAUGGAAAGGACGGACUGCUGCCCUUUGUGAGAAUGAGGCAGAGGAAAAGACCUCUGGGGAGGCUUGCUGUGAACCAAUGCCCACAGGGAAAGUUGUGGGCAUCUUACAAAAGAACUGGCGUGACUAUGUGGUCACUUUCCCAUCCAAAGAAGAGAACCAGUCACAUGGCAAAAGCACACAGAAAAUCCUUGUCACGCCUUGGGAUUACAGGAUUCCCAAAAUCAGAAUUAGUACCCAGCAAGCAGAUGCCCUACAGGACUUCCGUGUCAUUGUGCGCAUUGAUUCUUGGGAGUCGACAUCACUGUAUCCCAAUGGGCAUUUCGUGCGGGUUUUAGGACGGAUAGGAGAUCUUGAAAGUGAAAUCCAAUCUAUCUUGGUGGAAAAUAGCAUCUCAGUCAGCCCAUUUUCUGAAGCACAGAUGUGUGAGAUGCCAGUUGUCAUCCCAGAGACGCCAUGGAAAGUGACUCCAGAAGAAGAACUAAAACGCACAGAUCUGAGGGAUACACACCUAGUAUUCAGCAUUGAUCCAAAAGGCUGUGAAGAUGUGGACGAUGCUCUGUCAAUUAGAAUGCUGCCCAAUGGAAAUUUGGAACUAGGGGUCCAUAUUGCAGAUGUCACUCAUUUUGUGGCUGCAGGUUCUUACACUGACAUUGAAGCAAGAGCAAGGGCCACCACUUACUAUCUACCUGAUCGCCGUUACGACAUGCUGCCUGCCAUCUUGAGUGCCAAUUUGUGCUCUCUUCUCGGAAAUGUUGACAGGUACGCUGUGAGUGUCAUGUGGGAGCUCGACAAAACUUCCUACGAAAUUAAACAAGUCUGGUACAACAGGACCAUCAUUCGCUCUUCCUACAAACUCUUCUAUGAGGCUGCACAGGCUUUGCUAGAAGGAGACUUGACCGCUGUGGAUGAAAUUCCAGAACUCCAAGACAUGGAUGAUGAGACAAGAACAUGGAAGUUGGAGGAGCUGGUCUGGGCCAUAGGAAAGCUGACUGAUGUUGCCCGGCACAUUAGAGCUAAACGGGACAGUUGUGGGGCACUGGAACUGGAAGGGGUUGAGGUCAGAAUUCAACUUGAUGACAAAAAGAACAUAGAUGACCUUGUCCCCCAGCAGCCCCUGGAAGUUCACGAGACUAUUGCCGAGUGUAUGAUCCUUGCAAAUCACUGGGUGGCAAAGAAGAUCUGGGAGAGUUUCCCGCAUCAAGCUCUCCUGCGCCAACACCCGCCGCCACGGCAGGAAUUUUUUUCUGAGCUCCGAGAAUGUGCAAGUGCCAAAGGCUUCACCAUAGACACCCGGUCUAACAAAGCAUUAGCUGACUCCUUGGACAGAGCAGUGGAUCCCUCCGAUCCUCUUGUGAAUAAGCUCCUGAGAUCUAUGGCCACGCAGGCAAUGUCUAAUGCGGUUUAUUUUUCAACUGGAUCCUGCCCUGAAGAAGAGUUCUCUCACUACGGUCUUGCUCUGGAUAAAUAUACCCACUUCACUUCACCCAUCCGGAGGUAUGCUGAUAUAAUAGUCCAUCGACUGCUGUUGGCAGCCACUGCCAAAGAAGACAAAGCAGGCACCAAGGAUAACUUCUUUGGAAACAAAGAACUUGAGGAACUCUGCAGACACAUCAACAGCAGAAAUAGGGCUGCCCAGCAUGCCCAGAAGCAGUCAACAGAGCUUUUCCAGUGCAUGUAUUUCCAAGACAAGAGCCCAGAAAGAGAGGAACAAUGCACAGCAGAUGGGGUUAUCUAUUCCAUCAGAGAAAAUGGCGUCUUGGUCUUCGUCCCGAGGUAUGGAAUUAAAGGUGCUGCUUAUCUGAAAAAUAAAGAGGGGCUGGUCCUCUCUGGCCAGACUGAUGGGACCUGCGAAUGGAAACCUGGUUCACUCCAGCGUUUUCCCAGCAAAAUCAUCUCUGCUCCAACAGCUGGGGAUUCCAUUACUCUGAACCUCUUCGACCACGUAACCGUAAAAAUCUCCGUACAGAGUUCUCGCUGCCAUGUCGAUACCAUCCGGCUUCAGAUAACAAGCUGCAAGCCUCACAAGAUGUCAGCAGGGGAUCUGUCUCAAAGUUCUCACAUAUCCAGAACAGAUUUGGUAAGAGAAGUAACCAAGACGGCCGAGGAAGCUCAGCUGGCUCAUGACAAAGCCAGAACGGAGAAGAUCGAGGAAGGAUAUGAGGAAUAUCGGCAGACGCAGGGCUUGAGCCUGUACCAGCUGUUGGAGGAAAUCAAGGAUUGGGCUCUGCUGGAUGUCUCUGCAGAUAGCGGAGCAUGA